UCCGUCAUGCGCCGCUGCCAGCAGACCUGGUAACAGGCAAACAGCAGCAGUAGCAACAAGAAGAUAGGCAAGUGCAACUUCGAUGCAAAAUCGUCGAAUAAUCUAGUCCGAACGAGAUGGUGAGCCAGACAGACCUCCGCCGGACGAGCCCAUCCACCCCGUCCACCUAACCGGAACCGCGUACGCAAUCCUCCGGUCGCGUCCAGGUGCGGACUAGGAUGAAGCAGCGCUGAGCGCUCUUCCAGUCUUUGUCGUCGGAAAGUGCUGUGGUAGUGUCAGUGCGAUGCUGUGCUGAAGAGACCCUCGCGAUGUCGGCUGCUCCGGGAGGCAGGGCCGGAGCGGCACCCGCUCCGACCAACGCUGUCUCCCUCAAAGCCAUCGAGGUGCCCCAGGCCCUGCAGAACGGAGAGAAGUUCAUCAAGUGGGAUGAGGAUUCAGGAGUGGGAACGCCGGUUACCCUACGCGUGGACAAACACGGCUUCUACAUCUACUGGGUGGACCAGAACCACGAGAUGGACCUUCUGGACAUCGUCACCGUCAGGGAUACCAGGACGGGUCGCUAUGCGAAAAUUCCAAAGGACCCCAAGUUAAGGCAGAUCGUGACGAUGGGGUCGCAAGAUACGUUAGAAGAGAAAACAGUGACUGUAUGUUGUGCCAAUGACUUUGUGAAUAUUAAUUUUGUAAAUUUUUGUUGUACGAGGAAAGAAAUUGCGAGACUGUGGACGGACUCGCUGAUGAGUCUGGCGUAUAAUCUCAACCAAAUCAAUGGCACAACUAACAUGUAUCUUCUGAAGGCGUACACGAAGCUCGUACUCAUAACGGACAAGGCUGGCAAAAUUCCGAUUAAAAACAUUAUCAAAAUGUUUGCUCAGAGCAGAGAUGACAAAAGACGAAUCGAAACGGUUCUACAAACGACUGGGUUACCGUACGGCAAAAAUGACACGAUAAGCCCCGAAAAGUUCCAAUUCGAAGAUUUUUUCAAUUUUUACAAGAACCUGACGCAGCGCAGCGAAAUCGAAAAGGUCUUCAAUGACAUCGUCGGUUCGAAGAAGCACAUGACAGCCGCACAGUUUGUCGACUUUCUAAACAAAACUCAACGAGAUCCUCGCUUGAACGAAAUCCUACACCCUUACGCUAACACGACGCGAGCCAAAGACAUUAUCGCCCAAUAUGAACCCAACAAGUACAAUGCUCAAAAAGGCCAGUUGUCGAUCGACGGAUUCCUGCGAUACCUCAUGUCGGAAGACAACAAUAUAAUAGCGCAGAGUAAAUACGAGCUCUGCGACGAAAUGGAUCAUCCUUUGGCACACUAUUUUAUAAAUUCAUCGCACAAUACGUAUUUAACCGGUCAUCAAUUAACCGGCAAGUCUAGUACCGAAAUGUACAGGCAGUGUUUAUUAGCCGGAUGUCGGUGCGUCGAACUGGAUUUCUGGAACGGGAGAGAGGAACCCAUUAUCGUGCACGGGUACACGUUCGUGCCGGAAAUUUCCGCCAAAGAAGUGUUGGAGGCUAUCGCGGAGAGCGCUUUCAAGACCUCGGAUUUUCCGGUGGUUUUGUCGUUCGAGAACCACUGCAAUCCGAGGCAGCAAGCCAAAAUCGCCAAUUAUUGCAGAGAGAUUUUCGGAGAUAUGCUGUUGGAGGCGCCCUUGGAGGGGUUCAAACUCGAACCAGGUCAGCCCUUGCCUCCACCUUCGGUUUUGAAAAGGAAGAUCAUUAUCAAGAAUAAAAAAAAACACCACCAUCAUCAUCACCACCACCACCAUCACAAAAAGAGUAGUACGGUGCAACCGCCGGAAGCGGCUUUUUCUGAGCCGACAGGAAACGGUGACGUACCCCAUCACCCUCCACCGUUACAAACGAGACAAGGUUCUAAAGAUUCCACCGGCACGGAGGAUGAGGAUACAUCGAGCGAUGACGACGGCGAAACACUGGAAGCUGAUAAUCCGACGGAAGCGGCGAACGAGGGAAGCGACCAUAAACCUGCCGCCGCUGCCGCCACCGAGACCGAAGCGGGGGCAGAGAUAUCGGCUCUGGUGAAUUAUGUGCAGCCCGUACAUUUCUACAGCUUUGAAAACGCGAAAAAGAAGAACCGCAGCUACGAGAUGUCGUCCUUCGACGAAAAGCAGGCGACGAGCUUGCUCAAGGAGUACCCUGUGCAGUUCGUCAACUACAACAAGCACCAGCUGAGCCGCGUGUACCCGUCUGGGACGCGCUUCGACUCGUCCAACUUCAUGCCGCAGGUUUUCUGGAACGCCGGAUGUCAGUUGGUCGCGUUGAACUUCCAGACUUUGGACUUGGCCAUGCAACUCAACCUCGGCAUUUUCGAGUACAACUUCCGGUGCGGUUAUUUGCUCAAGCCCGAGUUCAUGCGAAGGACGGAUAGACGGUUCUAUCCGUUCGCUGAAUCGACGGUUGACGGUAUCAUCGCUGGUACAGUCAAAGUUACUGUGAUAUCUGGACAAUUCCUGACUGACAAGAGAGUAGGGACUUACGUUGAGGUGGAGAUGUAUGGCCUACCGGCGGACACGGUAAGGAAGAGGUUCCGGACGAAGACGGUACCGAGCAACGGCAUCAAUCCGGUGUACGAGGAGGAGCCGUUCGUCUUCAAGAAGGUGGUCCUUCCCGACCUAGCCUCGAUUCGGAUAGCCGCCUACGAAGAAUCCGGCAGGUUCAUCGGCCAUCGCUUCCUCCCCGUCGUGGGGCUGUGUCCCGGCUACCGGCACGUCAACCUGCGCACGGAACUCGGGCAGCCGCUCCCUCUGGCCACCGUCUUCGUGCAAAUCGUGGUGAAAGACUACGUCCCCGACGGACUCUCCGACUUCGCCGAGGCCUUGGCUAACCCGAUCAAGUACCAAAGCGACCUCGAGAAGCGAGCGCAGCAGCUGGCCGUGCUCACCGACGACAUGGAGCCGAGCGACGGCGACGAACAGAAGAAAAACAGCCUGACGAAAGUAUCGAAGGAGCAGACCAGCAACGGCAGCCCCGUCCAGAGGCCGCUGGCGGCGACGGGGGCCGCCUCCGUGGAAGUAGCUUCCGACAGCGAAGCGCAAGUCACCGCCACCAGCGUGGAAAAGAACACGACGAACGAGUCCAACUCGGUUAGCAAGACGGCGGAGGCGAAGGAGGAGAAGUUCGAGGAACUAGUCGCCGAACCUGUAGAUAAGAUUCUAGACAAUAAGUUAGUCAAGGAGAAGAGGAUGGAGUUGGACAAGAAACUGGAGACGCUGCGGAAGAAGCACGAGAAGAAGAAGAUGACGCUGCAGUCGCAGAAGUCCGGGGACUUCUCCGAGAAGAGAUCGAGACUGAUACAUAUGAAGCUGGUUAAGAGGUUGUCGAGCAAGAACAUCGUGAGCGGCGUCUUUUCGACGGAAUCACCCAGCGCCGAGCCUCUCACGAGCGUGGCUGACGGCCCCGAGACGAGCAGCGGCGAGAGCGACAAGCCCUCCCUCCCCAGGAGCCACUCCGAGCGGCUGCUGCACGUCAACCGCGAAUUCGUUUCGCAAGAGAAGGAGCUGCGGGAGAAGUACCACGAGCUCAUCUACAACACUGCGGAGAAAGUCAUGAGAAUAUCGCAGAACAACCAGCUGAAGACGCUGCGAGAUCAAUUCGAACGGGAGACCGCUGACUUGAUGCGGCGGUUGCAGGCUGACCACCGCGAGGAAGUCAAAGCGUUGGCGAAGAAACACAGGAACAGGGAGCAGUUCACGCGAGUGAAGAGGGAGGCGGUGACGGCGGUCGUAGGGCGGGGGGUGUCGGAGAGGGGCAAGCUGGGGCAGAUUUUCGAGAGCCGGAUCGAGGACCUGCAGAGGCAGCACGAGGCGGUCAAAGAUGCCUUAGCGGAGAGUAGGAAUAAGGCGAAAAUUGCCCUUUUGAAAGAGUUCGAGACGCGGAUGGCGAGGGUGGAAUCUGAAAGCAGCGGAGUUCCGUGACUGUUAUCUUAAAAAAAAACACACAUUCUUUUUUCCAAGUCUUACUGUGAGUUACCUGAAGAGAACCUUCAAAAAUGAGAAUCUCUAGUUGUAAAGUAAGCAAAGUGCAAUAUUUAUGAAUAUUGUCGUAAUUUAUUUAACGAAUACUUCUUUGAUACUCUCGACAAUCAAAAUGUUAAGGUGGCCCAGAUGUUUUUAAGUGCUACAGUCCUUUGGUCUUGUUACUAUAAUAAUUAUAGUCUGUAUUGAUGUUUAUCGUUUAUUGUGAUAGUAGGUAUUAGAGAAAAGUAAUAUUAGAGCGUUUAAAGUGAUAAAUGAAUUUAUUGUUAAGUUGCAACGUAACGCCAGUCUACCGUUCGUUUUAUUUAUCAAAUUCGGUUUUGUUGUAGAUAUCUUGUGUCUAACCUCAACCACCCCUAAUGAUAGAGAGAAAGUGGCACAAAUCGGAAAUUUACAGGACGUUUUGUAUUUCAUACCCACCUAAACUCGACUUUUUUUCGGACUGUAAUAUCAAGUAGUUCAAAGUUUUGUUUAAUAUUUUGAAGUAGGUACAUGCAAUGUAGUUAUUUCCAGUUUUGUUAAUUAACAGGAAACAAGUCGACGGCUAAUUGUUAUGGUUGUUUGUUUAGUUUCACGUUUGCUCAAUUAAGGCGAUUUUAGUAGUGAAAAUUGUUUGAGUUCCACUAAUAAACAACCAGUUUUGACUAAUUAUUAUAAUAACGCAGCCAUGUGCCACUUUCUUUACAAUUUUCAUCAGUUUCAGUCAUUAUAAUAUAAAGAUCGAGAAUCGUAGAUAUGUUAUUUAUAAAAUUUUAAGUUUUCAUAUAUUUUAUUUUAGAGAUUGUUUAUUUUUUAACUUUGGUAUCACAGCGGGUUUUAUAUUUCUAGUCAUUUGUAUAGUUAAGUUAAACUCGAAACUUUUUUUCUCAUGAGUGAAUUUAUGCUCACGGGAAGCUGUAGAAAACAACCAGAUCGUAGCGUAUGAUUGCGGUUAUGCCAAAUUCUCAAAGUACACAACUUAACCUCAUUUUUAAAAUAACGUGACUUCAUUUCAGCUCGGUACUCGUUAAAUUUCUAUAUUAGGUGCUCUUCUCGCCGAAAAAACGUUUCGAGUACUCCCGGCGAUAUUUUCUUAACUAACUUUGUGAUAUUUAUGUGGUGGAUAAUUCGACAAAGUUAUUUUCAUAGGCUUCCUUCAUGUGUUAUCUUAUGUACAGCACUCGGUGCAGCAUUAUCGAUCAAAUCAUUACCAAUCCUAAUAAAUUGCGCAACCUGUCGAUUUUUUGUCGUGCUCGUUAAGACAAAUGGGUGCACACUUCCCCGAAUCCCGCUCUUCCAUGACUACUUUACAGGAGUUAAAUUUUUUUGUUUUGUGCAUGUCAAGCAUGAGAAAAACGGCCUGAACCAUCAAAAACCUACCUUAUUUUGUUAUUACACACAUUACGGAAGACAGAUGCUUUAUCUGAACCGCUAUUGAAUCUUCGAUGUUGCUGACUAGUGUUUGUUGCUACUAAUUGUUAAUAUAACUGGUUGUUGAACAUGUAGUAUAGACAAUUGUUAGGUCAGACUUACUCUUCCUUAUUGUGGAAGUAAUGAGGGAAUUAGUUAAUUGUCGACGAAGAUAAGGAGGGUAAGUUGUGCGAUAGAUGUAGUAAAAAUUAUUUCCCUCGUUAGGUACUGUACUCCAUAAAAUAUACUCAAAAACGGCCUAUUUAGUCUAUUUAGGGUUUGUUUAUGACUCUUUUUUUUUACAAAAAUGUACAGUUUUUUUUCGGUUGAAUCUUGUUUUGUAUGUUAGUACUUAUUUGUUUGUAUAACAAGUGCUCAAAAGUAUUUCGGCGAAGUUUUCGUUUUGUUGAUUUUUGUUAGGCGGUGUGAUCGAACAAACUCGGGCUCGUGGCGUCAGCGGACUGACGUGUCCAGCUUUUUCGAUCACGCAGUAUUAGUGUAAGCGAGCCUAUUUAUGUACGACUUCUCAUCAUUUUUUGAGACAAAUAACAUUCCAUUUAUUUCGAUUAGUGAGUAUCGUUAAUACGAACUUCAGCAUUUUGUAUUUUUCCAAGUCGUGCCUUUUAACCAUGAAUAAUUUUACUUGUACACUAUUCUUACUCAUCUAUGUAUUACAUGUGUUUACUAUGAAGUUUAUGUCAGAAUAGAUUUAUGUGCUCCA